AUGUACACUUUCCUUCUGCUCAUUGCUCUCGCACUCGCCCCUGUGCCCCUGGUGCAAGGGAAAUCAUUAAUUCUCACCCAUGCCCACAAGGCCGCCGUCAAACGCAGCGCUGGCCUCGCGCGCGACCUCCGCGUGGCGUUCGGGGGCAUCCUGACCACACAGCCCAGUUCCUCAUCCAAUCUGAACUUCUACUGCGUUGGCUCCGAUGGGGAGGGUGUCAGCAUGCCUUCAUCUGGCAAUUCAUCUUCAUCCCCAAACAUGAACGGAAAUGCGACUUCCACUGGAACGGCUGCGCCGUCAAGUACCAGUGUCGCAUCAUCAUCUUGGAAGGCAACAAAUAGUUACAGUGGGCAAACAUUCUUCAACGGCUGGAGCUUCUUCACUGCGGCAGACCCGACAAGUGGGAAUGUUCAGUAUGUAGAUCAAAGCACCGCUCAGAGCGCAGGCCUCAUCGAGAUUAACUCGAACGGGAACGCCGUGAUGCGCGUUGAAACAACGCCACAAGUCCAGACUAAUCGGCAGAGUGUGCGAAUCACGACUCAAGCCACUUUCGAUGGUGGCUUGGUUGUGAUGGACGCCGUGCAUAUGCCUACUGGAUGUGCAACGUGGCCUGCUUUUUGGACCAAUGGCCCUAAUUGGCCAGCCGGAGGCGAGAUCGACAUCAUCGAGGGCGUGAACAACUACACGAACAAUCAAGCAACGAUUCACACUAACCCAGGAUGUACAUUACCCUCCACCAACAGUGCCCUGCUUAAUAUGUCUGGCACUUUGGUUGCGUCUACUGAUUGCUCAGCAGCUCAGACUGGUAACCAGGGGUGUGGAAUUCGUUCUAACUCGAGCGUCUCGUUUGGAUCGGGGUUCAAUGGAAUUGGUGGCGGUGUUUAUGCUAUGCUCUGGGACAACUCCGGCAUUAAAGUAUACUUUUUCCCUCGUGGAUCAAUACCAUCAGAUAUCUCUGCAGGAGCACCACAGCCUCAGAAUUGGCCCGCUCCUAUGGCCGACUGGCCCUCAACGGAUUGCAAUCCAUAUCAAUAUUUCAAUACCCAUUCUGCUAUUUUCGAUACCACGCUUUGUGGUGACUGGGCAAGCGCCGUUUGGAGCGGCACAGGCGUGCCUGGGCAAGCAGUGAGCUGCGCACAACAGACUGGUUUCUCGACGUGCUCGGCAUUCGUUCAGGCUAGUGGUGGCUCGUUCAGCCAAGCUUACUGGGAAGUGUCCAGCGUUACGAUCUACCAGAACACAUCAUGA